UGUUGAGAAAAAUAACAAAUCGGUAUAUCAAUAAUAGGAUCCAAGUGGCGUUUUUUUCCUGAAGUAAUAAUUAAAAAUUUUAAAUAAAAAUUUAAAUUUACGACGGCGCUGAGGUCUAUUAAUACAAUGUUAUAAAAAUAAAUCAUUACCAAGAAAGAGAUAUUUCACAAAAUAUUUUCAUGGAGUCCUUGAAUCAUCAUAAACCGCAACCAAAAGGUUCUUCAGAUACUAUUAUUGGUAUCAAACAUGGCAAAGUUGCCGAAUUAGUUGGCAAUAUACAACAGCAAAAUUCAGUUAUGAACAGGAAAACUGCUCCAACAAUACCACCAAAGCCACACAAAAAACGAACUGAAAUGCCCCAAGUUCCUUCCAGUAAGCAAGUGACUUGUUCUCGCGAGCCAUUAUAUUCCCAGCCUCUUCUGGGAACGGAUAACCCUCUACUUUUUCGAAAACAUCAGCUACAUUCUUCCGAAUUUAAUCGUAACGAAAACACAUUACUUAAUGCGAAGAAGACAUUAGAUAAUCCGGAUAUAUUGGAACAGCAGUUGGAAGCUUUAGCUUAUCACAAACUUCAAAUGGAAAGGAAGGGUCUGUUAGGAAUGCCAAUACACUCAACAUCAAUUCUUCCUAACUUAUCACCGAAUUCGUCAAGCAAUUCUGAAGUAUAUACCAAUAUUACUUCUGAACCUUAUAGGAGAGGAUCCCGCUUUAAAAUUCCAGAUGCAAACGACGCAGAGUCUUCAAACCAGUUGCUUUCGGUGUGCACUAACAUACACUCGGAAGAUAUUGACAGAGAGGAUGAUGUGCCACCACCUCCAAGUCCUGUUAGCGCUGUUAGCUCCUCUUACAGCGAGCUAAGACGUGCGUCGUCUAAUGUGUUCAACAAUAAGUCUUCAAUGGAUAAAUCAUUACAAAAUAAAUCGAAUUCAACAAGUCAACAUUUGGCCAAAACAUACACCAAUCAAUACCCGAUCCAACAAUUAAAGGGUACCGUCAGUAAGAGCUCUUCCACAUAUGAUUCAAUCUAUGAACCUAUUAACCCUCGUCCAUCUGGAGAUCAUUUUCCAAGGGAUUGUAGUAGUAAUUUAUAUGGUUCAUUUAUUAAUGACUGUAAUUCUCCAAAUAUUUUGAAAAAUUCCUAUGAUUCUAAUGUGCCAACUGAGGAUUAUACAGUCGGAAACACUGCGUAUCAGAAUAAAUUGAGUGUCAGCAACUAUAUUUCGGAGGACUCGUCGAUCGCAACACCCCAAGAGUUCGAAAACUAUGGUAGGUGCGUCAAAUGCAACUCGCGCGUUUUGGGCGAAAGCAGCGGCUGUACGGCAAUGGAUCAAAUCUAUCACAUUUCUUGCUUCACCUGUUCGGAAUGCCAAAUCAAUUUACAAGGCAAACCAUUCUACGCUUUGGAUGGCAAACCAUAUUGCGAAUAUGAUUAUCUCCAGACCCUUGAGAAGUGUUCCGUUUGCAUGGAGCCCAUUUUGGAAAGAAUUCUAAGAGCGACAGGAAAACCAUAUCAUCCGCAGUGCUUUACGUGUGUUGUGUGUGGUAAGAGUUUAGAUGGUUUGCUUUUUACUGUCGAUGCCACCAAUCAAAAUUAUUGCAUCACUGAUUUUCACAAGAAAUUUGCCCCACGAUGCUGUGUCUGCAAGGAACCAAUUAUGCCAGAGAUAGGUCAAGACGAAACCGUUCGAGUUGUGGCUUUAGAUCGUAGUUUUCAUCUCGAGUGUUAUAAAUGUGAGGAUUGUGGACUUCUACUUUCAUCUGAAGCUGAAGGCCGUGGAUGUUAUCCACUCGAUGAUCAUGUGCUCUGCAAAAGCUGCAAUGCUAAACGCGUUCAAGUUUUGACCAAACGAAUGACAUAGAAAUAUAAUUGUCCAAUAUACAUUUAA